AUGAAGAGGCCCAAGGAUUUGGUGUUAUGUGUUAAAGCGGAAAUUGGCGGUGAAAGUGUAGAUAAAAAGGAAUCAGGUGAUAAUAAAUUCCAGAAAGCUAUGGGUAAGUUGAAUGAUGUUGAAGGAAUCAAAAGUAAAGUUGUGGCUGAUGAUGAUGUUGAAAUGAAUGAUAAAAUUAAGGGCAUUGUUAAUGUGGUGAUAGUUAGUUUGAAAAAAGUCCAGAAGUUCAGGAAUGAGGUUGGAGGAAUGAAGUGGCAAUCGGUGGAAGUUACAUACUGCGAUGUCGAGACUGGUGUUAGCGAAUCAAGGGUGUAA